AUGAAUCCUGUGCUUGAGCACGCCGGUCUGUGGUGGCUUGCGGCUGUAACGAUCUUCACAAUCGUUUACUCAUGUUGCUUCUUCUUCUGGUUCUACUACUGUUUCUACUGCAUCGAGGAAUCCGACCACAUGGACAUCGAGACCGCCGAUCAAAUCGCCGCCAGACGACAGCGAGUUUCACGCAUCAUUGAGAUGGCUAAUUUCAACGCCGCAUUAUCAUCAUCCACACUUGCUUUUGGUCCUCCAGCUUCGUUUGACAUCGAGAUGGCUCUUCCUCCGAGACGGCUCUCUGCUCCGCCAUACCCAGAAGUCGCCAUCACUCCGAAGAUGAUCCACGAGUUCAAGGACGUCAUGGUGAGAGGAGAAGAUGAUGAAGGAGGAGCCAACAAGACUUGUUGCCCCAUCUGUCUCGAAGUCUAUGUGCCUGAGGAUAAGGUUAUCUGUCUAUCCAAAUGCCAUCAUCUUUUCCACCCGUCCUGCAUCGAUCGGUGGCUCCCAAGGAACCCGACUUGCCCUAACUGCCGCAGCUCUGUCAGUGGCAAAGGCUGGUGCGUUAUGAAGAAGGAUGCCGACUUCGAUGAUAAUGAUAACGUCGAAGGAGUCACGGACGAGAAUCCCAUCGUCGUCGUCGUCGAAGACGUUGCGGAACAAGCCAUGGUCGAGAAUCCCGUCGUCGCCGUCGUCGAUGAUGUUGCGGAACAAGUUUGA